AUGAAUGAGUGGUCAUAUACAGUAGAUAAAGUGACUGCACAGAGUAAGACAAAAACAUUGUCGGAUAUUGAUAAGAAAGUAGUAAAUAUAUCUAAUCAGGUAGAUAAGGAAGAAAAUCAAUCUAGCACAGUGGAGACAAACUACCCAGAACUAUUCAAGGAAAUAGAAAGUAGAAAUGAAGGGCGUCACCCAGUUCUUGUUCCAAUGCACUCUUCUUGGUUUAGCACAGAAGGGGUGCAUCCAAUUGAAAGAAGAUUCUUUUCUGCCUUACUCACGGGGCAGGAAGAGGUACAGAAGUACAUGUUCACUAGAAAUACCAUAUUUAAACUGUACCAAAAGAAUACAUCAACAUAUUUAAGCAUAACACAGUGCAGGAAGUGCGUAUCUGAAGAUAUUUCCACUCUCAUCAGGAUAUACUCAUUCCUGGAGCACUGGGGACUGAUAAACUAUAAGGUGGGUGUAAAGAGAGACGUAACUAAAAUGCUAGAAAAGAUAAAGCAUAAGGAUCUGUUUAACAUAGAAAAAGGAAGUGCUGCUAUAAAUACAACAUUGCAUACACUGGAACAGACAGAAGGUAAAAUGAACAGUGCAGCAGAUAAUAGAGUUAACGAACAGAUGAACAGCCAGAUCCAUGGCCAGAUGUACUCUAAAGGCACAGAAGAUAAGAAGUUUGUGACAGUUGGGGAAUCCACUAUUCCCACACCUGCUGGGUCUGCUAGUCUGCACAAAGGGCCCACUGAUAUGCUAAGAGACCUGUCUAAACACUUCAGUCUACAGACCAAUGGAGUGACUCCGGUGCAAGUACCAGUUGAGAUAGAAUGCACAUCUUGUGGAAAGAGUAUGCACGUGCUCUCUGUGGAUGAGAAAAUAUAUUUCUCAGAAAAGGGGAAAUUAAUCCUCUGCCAGGAGUGCUUUAAUCUGGGAAGGUAUCCAUCCGAGCAGGCAUAUUCUAGCUUUCACAUAUUAGAAGCGGGGCUGGUACGACAAAUAUGGACAGAAAAAGAGGAAAUGCUCUUAGUGGAGGGCAUUGAAAUGUACAAAGAUGACUGGAAGGCUGUCUCAGAGUACGUAAAGACAAAGACUCUGGAGCAGUGCGUACUCCACUUUUUAAAACUGGGCAUACAAGAUCCAUUUCUAGAGAUGGAAGCUAUUUCCUUCAGCGAGUCUAAAAUGCCAUUUAAUUAUACACUUAACCCGGUUAUGUCAACUGUUGCAUUCCUUGCAAGUACUGUGCACCCGGGGGUGGCAUCUGCUGCAGCCAAAGCAGCCAUGCACGAAAUACGCAGGCAGGCAGAAGAGAAUAAAGACAGGCCGAAUGAUACAUGGUUAAAUGACAGAUUAAAUGAAAUAGCUGCCAUUGCACUGAGCUCAUCUCUAGGGCGAGCACAGGAGCAGAAAGUGCUUGAGGAGGGAAAGAAAGAAAGGCUGCUAGAGCUUCUUGUAGAGAGUGAAAUGAAGCGGAUUGACUUAAAAGUGAAUGAGUUCACUGAUCUAGCACGUACUCUCAGAAAGGAAAGAGAAGACUUGGAGAAAAUGCGAGAGACGUACAGAAAAGCACAUGUUGAGACAAGAAAGGAAAUAGCAGAUAUUGUUAUAAAGGUUAAGAAAAUAUGUGACGAAACAGGAAAAAACUUCGAAGAGAUUUUUUUUAAGGAGUAAAAUAAACAGAAAAAUAAACGGAA